UGUUUCAGAGACUGAGCCACUGAGCAACUCGACGAUUCAUUAUUUUUAUAUCAGUACUCGCGAAACCACGGUAGUUCAUGAUUAUUGAUACUUUAUCGUUCGUUACCUUUUCUACAUUUAUAUGAACGCGCGAACUAUGUGAUAUCUGUUUGUCACUGUUUGUUCUGUUCCCAUUGUGAUUUAGUGAAAAAAUGAGUAUUCUUUGUUCGUUUUGUGAUUGAGAUAAAAAUAUACAGAAUAUCAAUUCGACUGUAUGCACUUGACAUUGGAUUUCAUAUAAAUAUUUCUACCACACAAAUUCCAACCCGACUGCCUCAGAAGGAGGGUUAUGUCUUUUAUCCGCACGUUCCAGAAGGAUGAUGGUUUUUCGAACGUAUUACGGACUACAGUCCAAGCGGUUUGUUGAAUUUUGUCAUACCAAGUGUCUCUAGCUAAUCAAAACACUGACAUCACCAACGAUAUCAAAGAUCUCAAUUAUCCUAAACCUUAUGUAUUAAUGAAGAACUAGCUUAGGAAGAAUUACUUGUAACUAUACCACAAAAUUAAUAUGAAGUACUAGAUGUAGGAGCAGCCAUAACUCAGAAUAUAUUAUAUUAACAUAAAUUCAUCUGAAUCAAGUCCAACUUGAUAAGAAGAUUCAAAAUGCAUGGAAUGAUGAGGAUAAUUUCCAACUUUAAGGAGUUUUACAAUGAUAUAAACGGUGCGACGCUGACUGGUGCCAUCGAUGUAAUAGUUGUGGAGCAACAGGAUGGAACAUACAAUUGCAGCCCUUUCCACGUCAGGUUUGGAAAGUUGGGGGUAUUGAGGAGCAGGGAAAAAGUGGUUGAUAUUGAAGUAAAUGGCGAGCCAUUAGAUAUUCACAUGAAACUUGGUGAAAGCGGCGAAGCCUUCUUUGUUGAAGAAAUAGAAGAUGAUCAGAAUGAAGAAAUACCCGAUCACCUCGCCACUUCGCCCAUUCACGUUUCGGAAUUUGAAAGCAUGUACAAACAGGGUAGAAGACGUAGCUUUGACGUUUCUAAGUUGGAACUGGAAAAUCAAGAAAAUGAUUAUACCAAAAGGAGAAACACUGCAGACAAUGACGAUAACAAAAUUCGCGAGAAGAACUUUAUCAAGCGUCACAUUGAAUUAGGUAACAUUGAUGUCGAGAACUCUGAAGACAUGACCUUAUCAGUAACUUCCGCGAAACACAGUAGUGAUGACUUAAGUAAAAGUCAGAAUGACGUCAGUGAGACUAUUUUCAAGAUGGAUAGCUUGGAUUUAGAAAGCAGCAGGGUGAGUAUAAUAUUAAAUAGUUUUUAAAUGACUUUUGUGUAGUAUACCAUGCCGAAAUGCCCAUAUGCACCAUUUUAAGCUUAAGUUUAUUUGUGCAAAGUUUGAAUCGAAGCUGCAACGCUACAUUUAUUUCAAGGAAUGUUUGUCAAAAUUGGUAAUAAUAUUAGAUUAUCAAACUUCAAACAAAUUUUAGGUAGUGCUAUAAAAUAGAAUGCAUUUGGUGACAUCACACUAACAUUACAUGUUAUGAUAUAUGUAUGCUAUAUACUUUAUAUGUAACCGAACCUGCAAUCGACCACAAUGAUUUCUAGU